AUGGUAGCUAUUCAUGAAAUCCUUAAAAAACGUAUCCUCGAGGCCAUAAGAAAAGCAGAUGUGCAAGGGGGGUGGAAGGUUGUGGUAGUAGAUGAGCCUGCACGUAGAAUUAUAGAAUCGGCCUGUAAGAUGUACGAUAUUCUCGAAGAAAAAGUCACCUUGGUAGAAGAUCUCGAAAAAACUCGUCAAUCUUAUCCCCUUGAGGCAGUAUAUAUUAUUACUCCUUCACAGGAAUCAGUUUCUAAAGUGAUUGAAGAUUUUACCAAGCAGAGUACACCUUUAUAUACUGGAGCGCAUGUGUUUCUUACUUCACCCCCUGAGCAUUCGGUCUAUCAAAGGUUAAUGAGUUCGAUGAUGCCUACAAAUUUAUUGAAAGCAUAUAAAGAACUUUUUAUUGAAUUCCACGCACGAGAGGCACAAGUUUAUUCGUUCGAAUCCCCUCAAAGUUUCUUCCGAUUGUAUUCACCGGUAGAAAACAAAGUUAACGCGGUUUUUGAUGGUGAACUAAAAAAACUUGCAAAACAAAUUCUAUCCAUUUGUGUUUUAUUAGAAGAAAACCCUUUGAUUCGUUAUCAGAAAGGAAUCGAUCUUGAUCCCGAUUAUUCGAAUAAAUCAUUACCCUUUAAGCUGGCUCAACUAGUACAAGCCGAGUUAGAUAAUUAUACAAGAAUGAAAAAGCAACUUGCGCCUGGAAGUAUGCAACAAGAGACGCAACGCAAGCGAUCCGUUUUAUUUAUUAUGGAUCGAACCGUCGAUAUGUACACUCCAAUAUUACAUGAAUUCACUUAUCAAGCGAUGGCUAACGACCUUCUGCCAAUUGAAAACGGUCAAAAAUACUCAUAUAGUUACGCGGACGAGACUGGUGCCCCAGCAAAUAAAGAGACUACAUUAGAUGAAACUGAUUCGAUAUGGGUUAGUAUACGGCAUAAACACAUGAAGGACUGCAUCGAUCAACUUAUGACAGAUUUCAAUAAAUUUUUGGUAGAAAACGAAGGCUUUAACGACAAAGAUAAAGCUGCAAAUUUGAAUGAUAUAAAAAAAAUGUUGGCAACCUUACCCCAAUUCCAAACUAUGAAGGAAAAGUAUGCUGUUCACUUGAAUAUUGCACAAGAAUCUAUGAGCGCGUUUGAUAAAGAAAGACUUGCUGAAGUAGCUACAGUUGAACAGAAUUGUGCCACUGGAUUAACAUCUGAUUCUCAACACCCUAAAACAUUAAUGGAAGAUAUGAUUCCUAUACUAGAUAAUCCUGUCAUUAGCUCAAGUACCAAAGUAAGAAUGCUCAUGCUUUACAUAAUGUAUAAGCGUGGUAUUUCAGAAGAAGACCGCCUUAAACUAUUGAAUCAUGCGAGGAUCUCAUUACCAGAGAAUGAAUCAAUUAAUAAUUUAGAGUUUUUUGGCGAGAAGUUAGUGAAGACAAAAGGUGGUCCAGGCAUUAUGAAAAAGAAAAAAUAUAGACAACCACAAGGAGAUGAUAUUCACUAUGAAUUUUCCCGGUAUAUCCCUAGAUUAAAGAAUAUUUUGGAGAGUCAUAUCAACAAAACUCUAGAUAAUGCUGAAUAUCCGUAUACAAAAGAUCCAGCGGGUGGACCAGAUGGUUCUAAAGCCUCGUCUGAUUUAAGAAGUGCUCGACCUACAUGGUUUUUGAAAGGCCAGGAGGCCAAAAAUCCCCGUAUAAUAGUUUUUAUAGCCGGUGGUGUGUCAUAUUCAGAACUCCGAACCGCAUAUGAAAUCACCACAAAACAUCGCCAAGAUGUCAUUAUUGGCUCAACACAUAUUAUAACGCCUCGGAAAUUCGUUGAAGAUCUGUCACUUCUUCGCAAACCGCCUACGCGUUCAUAUUCACCACCAAAGCAAAGACCGUUACCCACGCCACCAACCACUCAAAAUUAUAAUCAGUACAGUAAAUCACCAUCAUCUGACUAUCGUCAAAGUCACCAAAGUGGUUAUUAUCCACAAGGUGGACCAUAUCCACAACCUACACACUCACAGCAAGGUGCUUAUCCAGAAGGCAACUAUCAACAUGGAAAUUAUUCUUACACUCAAUCAAAUUCCGGUUAUCAACAACAAGGCUAUCAGACAAGGCCACAAUAUAUGAAUCCGAAACCAUGA